AUGAGGCGCCGGCCGAGGACCGCGCCCGGGCUCGCCCUGCUCUGCCUCGCCGCUCUCCUGGCCGCCGCCGCCGGGCUGCCCUCCAGCGCCGCGCCGCCUCCCGAGCCCGGCAGCGGUAGCGGCGGCCCAGCUGAGGGCAGCCCCGGCCCCACGCUGCCGGCUCGGCCGCGCGGCACCGUCGUGCCCACCCGGGGCAGCGCACGGCCGAGGAUGGCUUCGCUGGGGGCGGUGGGGGACGCGGCGGCAGCUCUCCGGGCCCCCUCCGGCGACAGCGACCCCCGUGCGGGGCAGGAGGAGAGAGCCCUGCGGGGUGGGACCACCGGGAGAGACCUGUGCAACUGCAGCGCCGCGGGGAGCGUCAGCACCACUGAAUGCAACAGCACAACAGGGCAGUGCCCCUGCCUGGAAGGCUACACAGGGCUGCGGUGCCAGAGCUGUGCCCAGGGCUUCUACCUGGAGGCAGAGAGCCAGCGGUGCCACCCCUGUGGCUGCAGCCCUGCCGGCUCCACCACUGCCCAGUGCGAUGACUCUGGGCAAUGCCAGUGUAAAGUUGGUUUCACAGGCCUGAAGUGUGACCAGUGCAGUGAUGGCUACUACAGGUUUAACGAGACCAGCUGUGAACCAUGCCAGUGCAACAACCACUCCAAAACCUGCAACCCCUUAACAGGCACCUGCCUGGACUGCCAGGAAAACACCGAGGGAGACCACUGUGAGCUCUGCAAGGAGAGCUUCUACAAGAGUGAGCAUCCUGUGCACUCCUGCCAGCGCUGCCCAUGCUCCACUGUGGCAUCGACCGGCACCUGCCGAAUCCAGCCUGGUGAAACUGCCCCAAGGUGUGACAAAUGCAAACCUGGGUACACUGGCCUGAACUGCAACCAGUGUGACAAUGGCUACUACAACUCUGACAGCAUCUGUGUGAGGUGUAAGUGCAACGGGAACGUGGACCCCGCGCGGUCACCCAGAGUCUGCAAGCCGGAGAGCGGAGAGUGCCUGGGCUGCCUGUACCACACGGCUGGCUUCCACUGUGAGCAGUGUGAGGAUGGCUACAUCCGAGACCCGGAGGGGACCAACUGUACCAAGGAAGCCACUCUUGCCCCAGCAACAAGGGAGUUCACAACUUCUGCUCCAAAUGCCAGCAAGGCAACAUCCUUUUCAACAGCAGUGACAAACAGCACGCUGCCACCAACAACCAUCCAGACUCUCCUUCCUGUAAGUUCCUCUGACAACAGCACCUCUGCUUUUGCAGACGUGUCGUGGACUCAGUUUAACAUCAUCAUUUUGACAGUUAUCAUCAUCGUCGUGGUCCUCCUGAUGGGCUUUGUGGGGGCUGUCUACAUGUACCGUGAGUAUCAAAACAGGAAACUUAAUGCUCCUUUCUGGACCAUUGAACUCAAAGAGGACAACAUCAGUUUCAGCAGCUACCACGACAGCAUACCCAACGCUGACGUUUCGGGGCUGCUGGAAGACGAUGGCAAUGAGGUUGCACCCAACGGACAGCUGACGCUGACGACUCCCAUGCAUAACUACAAAGCUUAG